CAGAAAUGGGUGGAUGAAUAUUUGCGAUGGGACAAAAGUGAACAUGGCAACAUAACAUUCUUCGUCACGAAAGCUCGAGACAUUUGGACGCCUAACGUCUCUGUCAGAAAUGGAGAAGACAAAAUAAUAGAACACUUUAAUGACACGUCAAUGCAUGAGGUCGUCGUCACGUCAAAUGGAAUCGUCAGCACGAAUAUCUUCAAGGAAACAAGAACCUUCUGCGAGCUUAAUUUGGUUUAUUUCCCGUUCGACGUGCAAACCUGCUACAUUUCUUUGCAUUCUUGGCCUUACAUUAGUGACCAGGUUGUCUUCCGCACCCAAUGCAGCAAAAUUAACCUGGAGCAUCAAAAUCCCGGCGAGGAAUGGGCUAUUAUAGAGACGAAGGUGUUUAAACAAUUUUUGACCAGCAAUUGUACUGAAUACAAAAUAUGGAAAGUCAAUUUCAAACUUUCCCUGAAGAGAAAUCCACAGAUCUACAUAACCUACAUGCUGCUGCCAUGCUUCACAUUCUCUCUACUCUUCACUUUUGUUUCCGUGAUGCCCUCCGAUUCAAAGCAGAUGAUUAACUUUGCUGUGACUAUCUUGUUAUCGUACAACUUUUUUCAAAAUUUAAUGUAUCAUUUUCUGGCAGUCAUCGGAGAAUACGUUCCCUACCUUAGUGAGUUCAUUUUCUUAUUUCUACUUUUGAAGAUUUGUUAA